CUCUGUUCCCGGCGGCCCCGCCUCCCGGCCUGGCGCGGGGCUCGCGUCUCUCCGAAGGCCGCAGCCGCCGGCCCGGAUUGUGGGUUAGUCCAAGAAUGAACAAAUAUACGAAGCCUUAUGUUGAGCAGACCACAAAUCUUGAAAAAUUCAGCCCUGUGAUUCUUGCUGAAAUUGAGGAGCUCUUUGAGAAGAAGUUCUCAUAUACAAAACCACCGAAUAGUGAUUGGAAGCUGCCAGAUUCCAGUGAUGUGUUUACCUGCAAUCACAAAGAAUUCAAUACACUCCUUGCUCUGAAGGACUCCAUGAAUGAAGUCAAAAACCAACUAAGUGAUAAGAAAUUGGAUGCAUGGCAUCAGCACACUUCCUUCACCAACAAAGCUGGGAUAAUCAUUCCUCACGUGAAGAAAUCUGUGAAUGCUGAGUUGUGUACCCAGGCUUGGUGCAAAUUCCAUGAGAUUUUGUGCAGUUUUCCCCUUCUCCCGAAAGAAGCUCUUCAGAAUGGAGAACUCAAUUCUGUCCAUCUCUGUGAAGCACCUGGUGCUUUUAUAGCCAGUCUCAAUCACUACAUAAAAUCCCAUCACAUUCCCUGCGAUUGGAACUGGGUAGCCAAUACCCUAAACCCAUAUCAUGAAGCAAAUGACACCCUUGUGAUGAUUAUGGAUGAUCGACUUAUUGCAAAUACCUUGCCAUGGUGGUAUUUUGGCCCAGAUAAUACUGGGGAUGUGAUGACAUUGAAACAUCUAACUGGACUUCAGCACUUCAUAAGUAAUAUGACCACUGUUCACUUGGUAACUGCUGAUGGGAGUUUUGAUUGCCAAGGAAAUCCAGGUGAACAAGAAGCGCUUGUCUCACCUCUACAUUACUGUGAAGCAGUCACUGCUUUAAUGAUCCUUGGCAAUGGUGGCUCCUUUGUUUUGAAGAUGUUCACUUUAUUUGAACAUUGUUCUGCCAAUCUGCUUUUUCUGCUAAAUUGUUCCUUCGAGGAGGUCCAUGUCUUUAAACCUGCCACUAGCAAAGCCGGGAACUCUGAAGUCUAUGUAGUUUGUCUUCAUUACAUGGGCAGAGAAGCCAUCCAUCCUGUGCUGUCCAAGAUGAUGCAGAACUUUGGAACAGAAAUGGUUAACAAAGCACUCUUUCCCCAACAUGUGAUUCCAGAAUCUUUUCUUAAAAUGCAUGAAGAAUGCUGUGCAUUCUUUCACAAGUACCAAAUAGAGACUAUAUCUGAGAACAUCCGACUCUUUGAGUGCAUUGGGGAAGCAGAACAAGUAAAGCUGAACAACUUAAGGGACUGUGCAGUGGAAUUUUUCAUGCAAAGAUUCCACCUGAAACACAUUACAAGAAAUAACUGGCUAGUGAAGAAAUCUCAUGUAGGCUGCAGCAUGAAUGCAAAAUGGUUUGGACAGAGGAACAAAUAUUUUAGUACAUACAAUGAAAGAAAAAUGCUGGAAUCCCUGACAUGGGAAGAUAAAGUGGCCAAAGGCUAUCUUAAUCAUUGGACUGAAGAGCACACUUUAAGUAAUGCUGGGAAAAGCUGCAUUUUGGAAGGGUCAUCCUGUAACCUUGAAUGUAAUUUAUGGUACGUACUGGAGGGAAAGAGGCUGCCAAGAGUAAAAUGUUCUCCAUUCUGUGAUGGUGAUGUCUUGAAGAAUCUCAAUGAAGCCAUUAAAGAAUCAUUAGUAGGCAGACUAAAAACUAGUUCCUUUUCCAGACGAACACAGCAACCAUGUCAUUCUUGCAAUGUUCUUACUGAGGCACUGAUACUAUCUGAGUUGUCUAGCCUUACCAAGUACCAUCAGAAGGUACCAAAUGAAGGAUGCAGUGACCAAAUCAAGUGUCUUGUGGUGGGCUUUCCGUCUCUUUGUGACAUCAAAAGCCAGUCCAACAUGGAAGUUAGGCUCCUGGAGUCAGCCACACUCUUGACUUUCAGCUGUUCUUUGCUUCAUGAUGGAGAGCCAAAAUAUCAGCAGCAUCUUUUAGACUGCCUUCUGCGUGCGAUUAAUCAGCUUCAACUGGGAGAUGCUUUGAUUCUGCCUGUUCUUUCUUGUUUUACACGCUUCACAGCUGGCCUGAUUUUUGUACUGCACGGUUGUUUCAGCUACAUCACAUUUGCUUGCCCCAUAUCCUCUGAACCUCUAGGGACCAGUGCUGUUCUAUUUUGUAUUGGCUAUCGAGGUCUUCCAAAUCCAGUUGUUGAGUACCUGCAGCACCUGAAUAAACUAAUGAGCUCUUUGCUCAGCUCAGACUCUCCCCAGCAGGUUUUGCAGUUUGUCCCUAUGGAGAUGCUUUUGAAAGGCAUGCUGCUCGAGUUUUUAUGGGAUUUGAAUACUGCCAUUGCAAAGAGGCAGCUCCAUUUGAUUGUACAAGUUGAGCAGCAGCAAAUGUCGAGUAAUCUUUAAUUUUGGUGAUUCUAGAAUCGAAUUGGUAGAUGUUGUUUCAAAGAAGAUUCACUUCACUGGCUCUUUAAAGUUCUUAAAUUUUUUCUUUUGCUAGUGUGAAUAUCACUUCAUUUUAAAACAGUGGGAUUUAUUUUAAUGUUGGUAUCCAAACAGUUCUACAGUACUGCCUUAUGGUAUUAGGUGUUGCCAUACAAUCCUGUAAGCAUGGGGGUUAUGCUACAUGGUGGGGAAAUUGUGAAGCAAAAUGAAGGACUGAAAUUCUGGAGAAAGGGGAGUUCUUCUAGGUAAUGCCUUUGUACAAUCUUGUCUCUCCCCAUCUAGGUCCUCUUCCCUCCAUAUAGGCAUAACCUCACAAUGACUCUAUUUCUGUGAAGAGAUCUGAAUGGAGCUUAAUUGAUGCCACUCCUUAUCAGCCAGUAGAGGCUGCUAAUUGUACCCCUUUCACACUGUCACACACUGUUAAUUCCAGAGUUUUGGGGACCCAAAUGUGGUAUUCAAACUUGUUAGCUGAUAGCCUUUCCAAGCUAGCUAGCCUCUUUUUAAUCAAAAGGGAAGAUUAUCUAUGCUGUCGCCUGCAGAAAGAAUUGGAAACCUUUAAAAAUAUCUCUAGAGUUUGCUGAAUACACAACCAUAUUGAGAUCAAUAUAAGAUUUGCUUCAGAAAUUCAAUAUUAUAAGCUGUUGCCUUAGCUGAUCUGCAGCCAUGCUG